AUGUUUUUAGGUAUGACUAAUCUCGAAAACGUUUAUCAUGAUUGGUUUUAUUGAGUUUCCCUAAUUUCAUUGACCAAUUUAUUUUUAUUUCAUUUGCGGGUCUCUCAACGUCGCGUCAUUCGAAGCCGUGAAAUUUUUCAACGAAUUUCUGAAAUUCAACACUUCCGUGCCUUACAGGAAAGGUCAAAAAAAUGGAAAUUUACAAAUGAAGGGGGAGAUUCAAAUUACACAUUGAGACAGAAUUCAGAGCAAUUGAAAAAAACAAAAAAAUAGUGAGGAACUUUUGAAAUUUGAAUUUUUUUACUCUUUUUUUAUUUAACUUUGAAAUUUUUUUCAAAAAGAUUUUUUUCAUGACUCCUCACUCUAAUUUCUUUCAGAAUUUCCAAAAAAAGUUCAUAUUCCCCUGGUUUUCAAUGCAUCCUUUUUGAAAAAAAAAAGAUUUUUUUUGAUAUCUUAUAAAGCUUGGUUGUUGUUUUUUGGUUCUUGACAAGAUUGGAAAAUUCUAUAAAAGGAAAUCAAAUGGAUUCCAAGUUCAGUAUUCGUAUUCGAAAUUUUGGGAUUUUGCAAAUUCCUUCUUUUUCUACUAUCAAAUUCAAUUUCAAGUAGUUUCCGUGUAGGUAGUAGAGCACAAGGAACUUCAAAAAAAAGAUGAUGGAAAAAAUUUGAAGAAGGACACGCAAAAUCCCUACUCGAAAUUUUAUAUAGCACCAGAAGAGGGGUGGGCGGAGCGGAGCGGCAGCACAUCGGCGUCCGUGGACAAAACGACAACGUCGUCAAGCCGUGUGGGGGCGGCGCCACGACGUCUUCUGUCGUUGUCGUUCGCCACAUAUCAGGCACGGCUUCGACGGCUACAGUACGACGCAAAACAAGUUAUGACGUCAUGAAUGUCUAG